GGUGGCUGAUACGAUCUCCUUCUCUGGGGUCUGCCACGCCUUUUGAACCAACCCGGCCCUGUCUUCAAGUGAAAAAUGCUUAAAAAUAGUGAUUUUUUUUUUUUUUGAAAUCAAGAAGAGGGAGCAGCCAUGUAAAGCCACCCCCACUCCCAACCAAGGAGGCAAGCCAAAGCUCCUUUGCUACAGCGCAUGCGCACAAAUCAGAAUUCAAGCCCUGGAAAUCCAUCCUACACCCUGAAAUACCUCAACCCAUUAAAAACGUAGACCCAGGUUUUUACAAGCAGUUGUGAGAUAUGAAAACCGUACAGAACACCUUCCUGCUGGGGAUCCGCACCGCGGGGCUGGACGGGCUAAGGCUUCCCGCUCUGCUCAGCUCACAACACAUGGACUAAAGACACCUUUCCAUACCUGAUAAACCUUGCUGUCGCAAAGGGGGUAGGGGGAGGGCCUGGGGCCUCCUUGAGGCCCUUCUGUCACCUCAGCGCCUCACUGCCGAGGUCCCCUGUAGGAGAAGCCAGUGGCGGAAGCCCAAGCCCAUGGUGGGUGGUGGCAAUGUGAGUUCAAAACCUCAUUGGCGGUACAGGUGUGUUUCUCUUCUGACAGACGCCGGCCUCACCCCUAGGCGGUGUCCCAGCUCUCGAUCAAAGGAGUUGCUGAUAAAUCUUUAUUCUCCUUGUUUGCACUCACUCAGGUCCUCUGAGGGGAGUCCCCUGCUCUAGAGUGAAUGACUGUGUCCUUCACAAUUCGUAUGUUGAAACCUGACCUCCAAAGUGAUAUUAGGAGGUGAGGCCUUUGGGAGGUGAUGGGGUUGAGAGCAGAGCCCUCAUGAAUGAAUCAGCGCCCUUGUUAAAGAGUUCCCAGAAAAAAAUAACAAUGCCCCAGAGACGGCCCCCCACCUUGUCCCGUCCAUCAUGUGAGGACACAGGGGAAGGGUGUCCCUCUAUGAACCAGGAAGUGGGUGCACCAGACACCAAAUCAGCCAGUCCUUCGAUCUUGGACUUCUCAGCCCCCAGAGCUGUGGGAAAUAAGUGUCUGUCAUUUAUAAGCCGCCCAGUCUGUGGUAUUUGGUGCAGCGCCCUCUCCCUCAGCCGGUCCCAUCUCCUGUUCCCUCGUGCGUGUUCUCCCUCUGGGCACUUUCUGUUCUUGCAGAACAGGGAUGGGAUGUGGUCGGACCCCCGAGCCUCUCUCCCGGGGCCACGGCUCGCUUCACCUCAGGACACCACCCGGCAGCCCAGGCUGGGUGCACCAACAGCCAGACACAUACACACUCUCUCUGUGUCCCCCAGCCACUCUGUAUGUGUCUCGGAAGGCUGGUGGCACUGAGCUCCUAACCACUUUGGGAUGUAAAUGGCUAUUUUAUUCCGUAGUGGAAAACUUACUAAUAUAAAGUUACCAUAGGCAGACUACUGUGGUAGAGACCAGUCUGGAAAAGUUCUUCGGAUUAAAAAUGGGAAAGACUGUUCAAAUGUGAUGAGGACGAUGCAUGCUGUAUUACGGGGACUACAACUCAGUUUUCUGCAGGUCAAUUUGGCAAUAUGCAAGGAGAUCACUAAAAAGUAUUUCUACCUUUGGCUCCAUGAUCGCACGUUAGAUAUCUAGCCAGAGGAAAAAUCAGAUUCCAAACGAGAAUCAUACAAGCAUCUUCUUUAACUGUCACAAUAGUAAAAAUGGAAACAAUCUGUCCAGUGGUGCGAUGGAUAAAUCUAUGGCACGAACUAUUACACGGCCAUUAAGCAUGUUUUUGAAGACUAUUUAACAGCUUGAAAAACGUUCAGAAUAUCCCAUGAGAAAAUCAUUGUGGUCAAUAGUGUGAUUUUUUAAAAACACAUCACCAUGUAGGAAAGAAAUGCUGGUAGGAGAUUAACAGUAACAUGCGCGGUGGGAGGUUAUUUUUUAUAGUUUUUUUCUUUUAAAUAUUAUUUUCCAAGAUUUCUAUGAUUCCUGUUCUCAGGGGAAAAAAAACAUAGACACUUAAAAAGUGGUGAGUGCUCCUGUGUGACUUCGUGAGUAGUGGCCUCGGUCUUUACCAAGUAGUGAUUCCCGGAGCAGGGCAGGUGCCCGGGAAGGCGGCCCCGCAAAGGGCAGGAGACGAUGACCGUCCCAAGGCCAAGGUGGGGCAAGCAGCUGCUGUUCCUGGGCAUCAUGCUAGCCACGGUGCUGGUCAUCUCCCUGCUGUUCUACGCGCUCCUCUGGAAGGCCGGCAACCUCACGGACUCGCCCGACCUGAGGAUCGGCUUCUACAACUUCUGCCUGUGGAACGAGGGCACCGGCUCCCUCCAGUGCCACCAGUUCCCGGAGCUGGAGGCCCUGGGGGUGCCGCGGGUCGGCCUGGCGCUGGCCAGGCUUGGUGUGUACGGGGCACUGGUCUUCGCUCUCUUUGUCCCCCUGCCCCUCUUCCUGGCCUGGUGCAACAGUAACGAGGCCGAGUGGCAGCUGGCGGUGGGCUUCCUGGCGAUGUCGUCCACGCUGCUGGCCAGCGGCCUGGGCCUCUUCCUCACCUACACGUGGAAGUGGAUCAGGCUGUCCCUCCUGACGCCCGGCUUUCUGGCUCUGGGCACCGCCCAGGCCUUACUCCCCCUCCUGCUCAUGGCCACGUUUGUGUUCCCUCGGAGGCCAGAGGACGAGAUCAAGCUUGACAGCUAUUAGGUCUGUCGGGAGGCUCACACAGUUGCAAGAGUUCAGUCUGAACUCCGCUCAGAGAAGGUGCCAGCAAAUUCCUGGGCUGGCAUGUCUUCUCAGCCUGUUUCAUAGCGAAUGCCGGCCUCAAGCCCUGGCAGAUGGGACCCACCGCGCAGGAGGAGGGGGUCCCCAGUGCCGAGAAGGUCAGGGGGUGGCAGCCACGGGACCUGCGGCUUCUUAGUGUGGGCUGUCCGUCCUGCGGGCCUUCCACGGCCCCCAAGGACACACCACGAAAAGCACACAGCUCACGGGGGAGAGAACUCCUGCUUUAACUGACUGAUCUGAGCAAGCCGUUCCCACUUGUCCUCCGAACCAGGGGCCGAUAAGGAUUCCCAUCACUGGGCCUGGGUUCUAGCAUAAUUAGCCAAAUGUCGCACUAGAAUGAAGGUUCAUGGCAACAAAGGGAGAACAUGAGAGAGAGAGAGGGAGCGCACACCUCAGUGUCCCUCGGGGCCCUGGUUAGCAAGCUCCCCGUCUCCACGGUGGGUGUGAGAGUGAUGGGUGUGUGAGGUGACGAGCCCCUCUCCCGAAGGCCCACGAAUCGUCCCUGAGGGACUCACUGGACAGAACACACGGGCACACAGACAAGCCUCGGUGGUUUUGAAGGUUCUCCCGAAAAGUCUCCCUGACCUGAAGCCAGACAGAGCAGGGGGGCCGGUGGGCAAAUGGUUCCUAGCACGUGACCUGGGAGUCGGGAACACGAUGUGCCAAAUCCCCCGGCAGGAGGGGAAGGUGAAAACAGCCGAACGGGUCCGUGUACAUACGGAUGCUGGGGUCUUCACUUCUCAGCCCAGAAUCGAAAAGGACAUAAAUCCAACUCACACGCCGGGAGGCUGUUUGUAUUUUUCAGCACCUGUGUAUUGGAAACCCUAUACAGCAAAUGACUGCCUCAGUCUACGCCUGUCCAAACCCACGCUGAAUAGAGUCAGAAACAUGGA